AGUGAGAGAACGAAUAUCCCAUGAUGCCCUGGUCAAAUACCCGUAUCUUGGCUUAUUGCGCAGGCGCCGGUUUUUGCGCGAAAUUUCAAAAUGGCGCCCUCCAUGAAACAAACGUUGUGCAUCACAAAAUUAUAAACUUAAACAUGACGCAGUCGAUUGUAGUCCAAGUUGGACAGUGCGGAAAUCAAAUUGGAUGCCGGUUCUGGGAUUUGGCAUUGAGAGAGCAUGCUAGCACCAAUAAGCAUGGGAUAUUUGAUGAAUCUCUCAGUAGCUUCUUUCGCAACGUUGAUACAAGAUACAAGAAUCCAGUGGAUAUUCCCUUAGGAAAUGCAAAGCAAAAGAUUAAAUCUUUGAAAGCUAGGGCAGUUGUCAUAGACAUGGAAGAAGGUGUCGUUAAUGAAAUCCUCAAAGGUCCAUUGCGAGAUGUGUUUGACUGUCAGCAGUUAAUAACUGAUGUGUCAGGAUCAGGUAAUAACUGGGCAACAGGAUUUAUGAUGUACGGACAUCAGUAUAAAGAACAGAUUAGUGAAGUGAUCAGGCAUGCCGCUGAACUUUGUGACUGUCUGCAGUGUUUCUUUCUUAUCCACUCUAUGGGUGGAGGUACUGGUUCUGGUUUGGGCACAUCAGUGUUGAACCUUCUUGCUGAAGAAUAUCCUGAUGUAUACCGCUUCACUACAGCUGUCUAUCCAUCAGCUGAUGAUGAUGUCAUUACAUCACCUUAUAACAGUGUCCUUGCCAUGCAUCAGCUGACAGAACAUGCAGACUGUGUCCUACCAAUAGAAAACCAGGCUUUAGUGGACAUAUGCAACAAAGUCUCAAGUGCCCUACCACCAUCUAAAUCCGGUAAAAAAGUGUUCCCAUCAAGCAGUCAGUCACAUGCGAAAGCCAGCAGUGCUGUUACCUCAGGUGAAGGUGGUGUCAACAAAGGUCCAGAAAAGCCUUUUGAUAACAUGAACAACAUUGCUGCUAACCUUAUUUUGAACAUGACAAGCUCUGCAAGAUUUGAAGGUUCCUUAAAUGUAGAUUUAAAUGAAAUCACAAUGAAUUUAGUGCCGUUUCCCAAGCUUCACUACCUUGUGUCCAGCCUGACCCCUCUGUACAGCCUCACUGAUGUCAAUCUUCCUCCUCGGAGACUUGAUCAAAUGUUCUCCGAUGCUUUCUCAAAAGACCACCAACUCAUUAAAGCCGAUCCUAAGCACAGCUUAUACCUAGCAUGUGCAUUGAUGCUAAGGGGAAAUGUUGAAAUCUCCGACAUAAGAAGGAACAUCGAAAGACUCAAACCUUCACUGCACUUCAUACACUGGAAUCAAGAGGGUUGGAAAACUGGAUUAUGCUCUAUACCCCCAGUGGGGCAACCAUACUCCCUCUUAGCUCUUGCAAACAAUACUUGUAUCAGACACACGUUUCAGGAACUAAAGGAUUGUUUUAUGAAGCUUUACAAACGCAAGGCCCAUGUUCAUCAUUAUACUCAUGUUGACGGCAUGGAAGUAUCCCAAUUUGAUAGUAGCAUAGAGUCCCUGAGCUCUCUUAUCAGCGAGUAUGAUGCACUUGAAACACACAUGGGUAGAGUUGUGGAUGACAUUCAAAGGUUAACAAUUGCAUGACGCAGGUAGGGUUGUUCCAAUGUACCAGAAAUUAGGCAACUGAAAUGGAUUAUCUUGACUUAGUGUGCAGGACUCCGUACCCUGUUCCAGGAUCCUGGUCAGUGGACAUGAUUGACGAUCAUUCGAUUGCAGGUGACGAGCAGGGCCUGGUGGAGAAAAGGACAGUUCCCUCUCCUUUUCUCUCCUAGGCCCUGCUUGUCACCCUCCACCUUUUUUUGUCGUCCUCACUGGCGAAGAGCCCAGAAUAGGCUAAGACCUCUACCACUCACAUUGAUAAAACUUGCAUCAAAAUCAUGGGUAAUUUUGGUGUCCUGUGUACAUGCUGGGUGUCCUGCAUAACAGAGGGGAAAUGCUGUAGUCGAUUCAAAUUUUGGUGGCCCAAAGUUUUUGUCAGGGGCUGUAGCCUUGCUUUAAUGUACGUACUCAUGAGGACACUCAUCAGAGUAAAAGACCUGUCCACUGAGACCCUUGUUUUGCUACCAGAAAUUCUCCCUAGACCUUUUCCACUGUGGUGUGCUACAUCAAGUGGACAACUUUGCACAAACCACUCUUUUUAAUUUGAAUCUGAAGAUUUCAAAAUUUGAACUUCCUACAUUUUUACUUAUUUUUUCAAGGAAAAAUUAUCUUUAAAUUUUACUGUGUAGUUUAAA